AUGGAGCCAAGCCAAGAGGAAAAGAAGGUUUCGGAGCUUGGUGAAACUCAGCGAAACAAGGUCCAUUCGCUGUUCAAGGUCCCUUUUCUUCACAAGGACGACACUGGGGCUGACGACAAUGCCGAAUCCAGAAACUUGGACAACAUCUCUCAGACGUCCUCCCUUCGGUAUUCGCCCUCGUCGCGGAUCGAUUCUUCCAGGGAGGGGAGCAAGGAAGGGACCGGCCGAAAGCUGUUGAACAUGCUGAAAAAAACUCUUAAAGGAAGUGAGAGUAAAGACUUGGCUGAAGCACAAGAUAUACCAUCUUUGGUUCCAUUUGGAGAUGUGGUUGGCUGCCUAGCUGUUCAUAUAAAGAGAUGCAGACAUUUUUCACCCAGGAUCAACUUAGAGUAUUACACAAAUUUAUUUAUUCGCAUCACUAUUAACAAGAUCAUGAAAUGUACUAAAGCUCAUUCCUUGAAUUUUAAGAACAAUGAGAAGAAACCUACAGUUAAGUUUGACGAAGUGAAAUACUUCUCUGUACAGGUUCCAAGACGUCAAGAUGAUGAAAGGAAUAUGAUUUAUUUAGAACUAAUGGAAUUUGAUGAUUUGGAAGCGUACCCUGUACUGUUAGGAAGUUUUAGCUUACAUCUUUAUGAAAUAAUUCAGAAAGGAUGUUUCACAGAAGAAUUUUUUAUGAAGAUUAGAAACCUGGUUGUCUGCAAAGUUGAAGUGGAAUUUAUGUUUUCCUAUGGAAACUUUGGUUAUGGCUUUUCACAUCAGUUAAAACCACUUCAGAAGUUGAUUCAGCCAUCCAUGUUUAUGCAUAUUCCCCCACCUGUAGAAAGAACAGACCCUCUAGCAAAUGUUAUCGCACCGCAACUAAUAGAAUAUCCAGCAUUCCUAUCACCAGACUUGAAUGUUACUGUUGGGACUCAACAAAAACAGACUCAAUCAUCAUCCCCCGUAAGACUUGAAAAACUUCAGCAACAACCUCGUGACAGGCUUGACAGAAUGAAGAAAGAAUACAGAAAUUUGAAAACAUGGGAAGAAAAGUCUAAUUAUUUAGAUACAAUUCUUCGCAUGAAAACAGAAACAAAAGAAUUUCCUGACUCUGAGGAUAUUGAUGACAAUGAAGAAAUAGAUGUAAAGGAUAAGACUCGACUCUCAUCAAGUAUACUUCAGCUAGCAGAAUUCUCAUUUAAAAAGCAAGAAGAUAAACCUCUUCCAUCUGAGUUGCCUGUCAAAACACUUGAAGUUAAGAAAAGCCUGUCACUGGUAGAAAUGAAAGUGGAGCCUCCAGAUUCAUCUUUGAUUAUUCAAGAAGAUGCUGAAACAAAAAAUGAAAGCCUUCCUCCUGAGGAAAGUACCCCUUUACCUCCUGUUUCAUUAAAAGAGAAAGAUAUUUGUGUAGAAUCUAUAGAUGGAAGAGAUGAUAAACUAGUAUGUGAAAACAUUGAACCUGAAGGAGAACUGUCAGAAGAAGAAAUCACAGACUCAACUUUACCAGAAGUAAAGCCACAACAGAGCUAUACAGCACCAGAAAGAAAGGACUCAAUUCAAUCAGAAACAAAAUUGAAAAGUAUCAUUUUAAGUCCAGAUAGAAGAAAGAUAAGCAUAGAUGAAUCUGGAUUAGAAACAAAAAAGCAAAUUUUAAGGCAAGAAAGCAGAAGGAGCUCAGAACUUCUUCAGGAUCUAAAAGAAGACACUGAAGCAAUCACAAAGGUGUCUAUUCCUCGACAUGUUUCCUUUAGUAUUUCACAUGAAACCAUAGAAUUACCAUCAAAUUCAGUGCCAGAAAACCAUCACUAUUAA